AUGGCUUCCCCUCAGCAGAUCCGGACUCCCCUCACAGAUCUUUUCAAGAUCAACCACCCCGUGCUGUUGGCAGGCAUGAACGUCGCCGCUGGCCCCCGUCUAGCAGCCGCUGUCUCCAAUGCCGGAGGCCUGGGCGUCAUCGGCGGUCUUGGAUACACACCUGACAUGCUUCGCGAGCAAAUCGCCGAACUGAAAGGUUAUCUUAUUGACAAGAAUGCUCCCUUUGGUAUCGAUCUCCUCCUGCCCCAAAUCGGAGGAAACGCGAGGAAGACCAAUUACGACUACACAAAAGGAAAGCUCAAUGAGCUUAUUGACGCCAUUAUCGACUCGGGAGCCAAGCUCUUCGUGUCCGCUGUUGGUGUGCCUCCCAAGGCUGUGGUUGAUAAGCUACACGCCAAUGGCAUCGUCUACAUGAACAUGGUCGGCCACGUCAAGCAUAUCAAAAAGUGCCUCGCCCUCGGUGUGGACAUCAUCUGUGCUCAAGGUGGCGAGGGAGGAGGUCACACUGGUGACACCCCAACUACAGUCCUCAUCCCAGCUGCCGUAGAAGCUUGCAAGGGUCACAAGUCUCCUCUCACAGGGCAGCCCGUGCAGGUUGUUGCCGCCGGUGGUAUUCACAAUGGCCAGCUGUUGGCAGCGGCCCUCAACAUGGGAGCCAGUGGCGUGUGGGUGGGCACAAGGUUUAUUCUUACCGAGGAGGCCGGGGCCACAGACCACCACAAGGAAGUUGUCCGUACUGCUGGUCACGACGACAAUAUCCGGACCCUUGUCUACAGUGGCCGCCCUAUGCGGGUGAGGAGUAACCCCUAUCUGGAGGCGUGGGAGAAUGAGCGCAAGCAGGAGCAGCAAGCGCUCCUGGCCAAGGGAGUCAUCCCUUACGACGCGGAUGUGGACGUUGCUAGUGUCAAGGAUGACGAGGCUAGGCUUGACGAGCUUGAGAAGUAUGACAAGCUCCUGAUGGGCAAGUGUGCUGCUGUUGUCAAUGAGUUGAAGCCUGCCAAGGCUGUUGUUGAUGAGUUUGUCACUGAUGCGACUGCUUGGAUAAAGAAGACCCAUGGAAUGAUUGCUAAGCUAUAG